GACCUUUUUAUUUUCAAAAAUGAAUCGAGAGCAACCCCAGAUGUGGGCGAGGGUUGCAUGCGGCCCGCUGGCCGCCCAUUGUAGCUGUUCUAGGUCUCUCGAGGUCACGCAGCAGGGAAACAGCGCCCCCCUUUGCCGGCUCCGCAGAAGGACACGUCUGCUUUUGUCACUCAUCACCAGGCGGGCAGUCGAGUCCAUCGACUGCAGGCAUAGACACGGAGCUCCAGUACAGUACAGCAGUAUAAUCAGUCAGUUAGCGAAACAGACGCUUCAGUUACUCGGCCCGCGCGCUGCUAGCCAGCCCAGCCGCCUGAAUGUAGAUCCGCAUGGGCUACUACAACCAUCGCACUCUCUCUCUCCAAAUAAGCCAGCGGAGUCGUAAAACAAGGAUCACAGGAUGGUGUUAGUGCAUGUCGGAUACCUGGUUCUCCCCGUAUUUGGCUCAGUCAGAAACAGAGGAUCCCAUUUCACCCGGCAACAGCAGCAGCACAGCCAUGCUACCUCUUGCCGCCACUUCCAGCUAGGCCCCCAGGCCCCGCUGCCCAUGGACUUCCCCAUGCCCCACCCGGGCCAGCCGCAGUCGGGCAUCAACCCCCACAUGGCCCCGCCUGGCCACCAGCACGGACCCCCGCUACACCACCCGCCCCUCAACCCCAUGCCCGCGCCCCAGUUCCAGGACAUCCCCGCCCCUCCCUUCCUACCUCAGGCAUUACACCAGCAAUACCUCCUCCAGCAGCAAAUCCUCGAGGCCCAGCAUCGACACAUCCUGCCACCCAACAGUAGACGCACAUCAGAGAGGGUUCCUCACCAGCCCCACAGACUGCGUCCCGGCUUCGAGUUUGCCCCACCUCUGCACGUUCCGCCCCAGCCGGUGGUGCAGCAGCCCCGCUACCUGGCCGAGGGCACAGACUGGGAUCUAAGUGUGGACGCAGGCCUGCCGCCACACCAAUACCACAUCCACCCACUGCCGCAGCACUAUCAGCACUACCUGACAUCUCCCAGGAUGCACCACUUCCCCAGGAACAACGCCUCAACGCAAGUGGUUGUUCACGAGAUCCGGAACUAUCCGUACCCUCAGCUGCACCUGCUGGCGCUGCAGAGUCUCAACCCUUCGCGGCACGCGUCUGCCGUCAGGGAGAGCUAUGAGGAACUUUUGCAGCUGGAGGACCGACUGGGCAGCGUGAACCGCGGCGCAGUCCAGACGACCAUCGAGAGAUUUACUUUCCCCCACAAGUACAAGAAGAGAUUCCCCCAGGACCUGAAGAUGUGUCUGGACGACGAGGAACUGGACACGGACGAGAAGUGCACCAUCUGUCUGUCCAUGCUGGAGGAUGGAGAGGAUGUCAGGAGAUUGCCCUGCAUGCACCUGUUUCACCAGGCGUGCGUGGACCAAUGGCUGGCGACCAGCCGGAAGUGCCCCAUCUGCAGAGUGGACAUUGAAACCCAGCUCAACCCUGACAGUUGAUAGCUGCUGCACAGCACGCAGCCUCACAUCCCACAAUCCUCCACUCUCUCCCCUUGAGGGGGAGUCGCUGGAGGUGGGCCUCCUCGCUCCCCCCUCUUUUAGUGGGAGGGGCCAAGGGUAGGAUAUUAACAAAGCACAUUCAGACAGAUGCACGCACGCACACACACACACACACACACACACACACACUCCGACUCAUGCAGAACACAAGCUGGAAUGCGGUGGACACAUUUAAAAAAACUGGGCUGACUUAGUGGAUGUACGUACAAGAAAAGGGCGGGAGCGGCUAUAGACGGACGUGCUGAGUCAUGCGGUGCGCGACCUCCCCCCCCGCCCCCUCCCCACAGACACAAACACACACAUGCACACACACGAACACACACGAGCACAUCUGUAUAGAACAUUAUACAAAAGCAUGAUUGGUGUGUAGCCCGAUGCUUGUGGUGUGCUAUAGUACUGAUUGAGUAUUUACUGAGUAACAGUGUUGUGUAGCAACUUGAGAGUCUGUGUGACAGAUAGCCCAAGGUUAGAAAACCAGGCGGGGGAGGCUCAAAGCGUGCGCUGUAUGUACUAAGGCCAAAAAAUAGCGGACAACCCCUGCCCCCUUGUUUGUUGUGUUUAGGUGAAAAUCUGUCAUAUAGCAAGUCCAUAUAAAAAUUUUUUUUGUUUUGUUUUUAGUUUUAACCCUACAACAUUCGUCUCUGUUGUUGUCAAGAAAUGGAACAAAAUGAGGUAUAACUUCACCUUAAGCAGUUGAUCAUUAUGAUGCCCAUCAAAUUUUUUUGUAGUCAGCUUCAACAAACAAACCAUAUGAGAUCAUCUCAUGAAAGUCUGCUAGCUUAGUGCUAACAUAACAACGAAAAACGCCAUAUGUGUGCUGACUGGAAUUAGCAAAGAUGUGACAGUAACAACUGCUUCUUUAACAUCAUGCAUACGAAGCAAACGACAACAAUAAUCACCGAUGUAUAUCCUCUCUGCUCUAAAACAACAAUUAUUAUUGACGCUUGCAUCCGUUAGGGACCUUCUCUGCCUCUUCUUCUUGCCACUGAAGGCGUGCAACUCUAAAUUCGGACUUGACUAAAAACCUACAACACGUUAGCUUCAAAAUUGUUGCUUUAUAGGGAAGGCGGGACAUGAACGAUGAACCACGAUAUAGUGGCUUGGGGGGGGGGGGGGGCACUGUUGACGCCAUCCACGCUAACACAGCUAACUGCAGGCAUGGCUUCCAGGGACUUGUGUGUUGUGUCAUAGCGGGCGGUGGUGGGCCUCCAUCAUCAGGUAUGCAUGCCUGUGUGCAAGGUUUUGUGAGCUGUGUCGUCGUGCUCAUCGUGGUCAUAGUGGUGCAAAGUAGAUGCAGUGACCCCCCCCCCGCCCCCCUCCGUGUAUUCCUCAUCCAAUCCUCUUCGACACGUGCGCACUCAGAUCUUGACCUCGACCCCCCCCCACCCCACCCCCACUAUGGGGGACGUGUGUGACAGCAUCGCCGCCAUCUUGCCUCAAGAUGAGUGACAUUUCUCUGAACCUUAUUGCCUACCGAACAAGCACAUGUGACUUUUUGGAUGAGGAUUAUUUUUUUUUGUCAUCAUUUUAAUUCCCAUUUCCGUCUCAGUUGCGGCCACUCACAUGCAAGUGGUGUUACAGGGCAAAACAAAACGUAUAGUACACUAGUUUGCCUGCGUGUGUUUGAACGCUCACUUCCGUUGCGUUACAUUGUAAUGGCCUGUGUGUGUGUGUGUGUGUGUGUGUGUGUGUGUGUGUGUGUGUGUGUGUGUGUGUGUGUGUGUGUGAAUUAGACACAUGUAGUCUUGGGGUGAAAGGGAUUAAAAGCCAUCCAUUUUGAAAAA